AUUACCACACAAAUAUUAUAAACUUCUUUUUUAUAAACGCCGAAUUAGAUAUGUUCGAAGCUCGGUGUUAAUUUGAAAAGCUAACGAGCCGCAUCGCCACCCGCUUUUGGCCAACUCCAGCGCUGUCUGUUGGACGUUUCCAUUAGCAAUCCCAUAAAGAUCAGCACCGAACAGAAUCUCAAAGCAAGCCGGUUUCCCCUCGUUAAUCGCCGAUCGAGCAGAAGCUUUAAGCUUUGAGCAUACGUCACACCAGAGAAGCGCCAAAGCCACCCGAAGAAUGCACCUCCGACUUGGCGACGUCACAGAACAGGUGCGGAAUCACCUGCAACCACCGUGCCCCCUGCAUCACAUGCGGUGCGAUCGAAGCCGCGGAUUUGUGAGUCACUGGGCGAGAAAUGCCUAAAAGUGAAAAUUCCCAGCUCCAACUAAGCACAGCUCAGCGCCAAUCGAUGGGCGACUCAUACUCGUUGGAGCAAUUAACCAGCGGCAGGCCAAAAUUACCACACUUGAGUGGUGCCCAUCGUUUCUCGGCCUUUCUUGUGUCGGUUCCACUUGCUGCCCACUAGGAAAUUAUGCACACGCAUCCAAAAGAGCUCGGUCUGCGGCGAAAGGCGAGAACCGACGACUGCCUCCGGAGAAACCAGUUUGCAGCUUACCAUCUCUCUUCUGGCGCAGUCAUAUCUUUUCGCCAAGAUUUUCUCCUGGCUCAUGAGCAAUAAGUGAAACCAGUUCCUCGAUCUGGGUAAGCAAUGAAGUGCGGAGUGGGUGUUGCACCCGAGAUCUGUUUAUUUUUCCGCCGAUUAUACUCGUAGAUGAAAUAUGAGUGUGCAGACUGGCGUUUACCUUAUGAAAUAUGAGUGCUAAAGGAGUUUGGAUUUCUGGUGGCACUGCACCGCGAGAAUUUUCGCAACCCACCUAGAACUUGAUUGCCCUUUGUGUGCCAAUUAGUCAAAUGUUUUCCGUGCUGUCGGCGCAAUGGAAAAUUGACUCGCUUGCAAUUAAAAAAAGCAAACAACCAUCAAAUGUUUAUGGCAUGUCAGCGGAUGGGAAGCUCCGCCGUUGCCAGGCAACACCAACAACAAAAACACCAAUAACAGCAAUAACAGCAGCUGUUCAGAAAGACGCACGCACCAGCCAACGGACCGCAAAUGGCUGCGAGAGGGAGCCCCCAGAAAUCACGGCCAGGUUGGGCGACUCACCAGCCGCGCUCGGUUAGUUAAGCGCUGUUUGCCAGCCGGUCGAGUCGAGUCAAUAGUCGGUCUGCUGUUCGUGCGAUACGAGAAUCCCAGUCAUGUCCAAGUAUUCGAAGCUGGCCCGCGGGUUCUGCGACCUGCUGAUCUGGGUGGCCCUCAGCGUGGCCAGUGUGCUGCUCCACAAGAUGGGGCGUCCCUUCCGGCGCGGCUUCUUCUGUGGCGACGAGACCCUCAGCUAUCCAGCGCGCGACGGCACCAUCAGCUCCAAGGUGAUCAUCGCCAUCGUCCUCGGAGUGCCCAACGCCGUGAUCGUAGUGGUGGAGUUGUUUAGGCAGCUGCCCGGUGGGCCGCUUAGAGAGGCGGGCGGUAAGCGGGAUAGCUGCCGGAUAGCCCACCGCCUCGGGGUCCUUUAUCGCCAGGUUAUCUUCUACCUGUACGGCCUCGCCAUGGUCACGUUCACCACGAUGCUGACGAAGCUGUGCCUCGGGCGUCUGCGACCGCACUUCCUCGCCGUGUGCCAGCCCAUGCUGCCGGACGGAAGCAGCUGCCAGGACGCCCAGAACCUGGGACGCUACAUAGACAGUUUUACGUGCAGCAACGCCAACAUGACCGACUACCAGUUCAAGGAGCUCUACCAGUCCUUCCCAAGCGGCCACGCCAGCAUGGCCAUGUAUGCUAUGCUCUACCUGGCCAUCUACCUGCAGGCGGCGCUCAGUACGCGCGUCUCCAAGCUGCUGAAGCAUCUGCUGCAGUUCCUCUUCGUCAUGUUCGGCUGGUACGUAUCGCUGACUCGGAUCAUCGACUAUUACCACCACUGGAGCGACGUCCUGGCGGGGGCGGCAUUGGGCGUGGUGUUCGCUUGGCUGACGAGUGCCUAUGUGGCCGACUUGUUUGCCGGCAAGCGGUGGCCGAAGACUGGCUACUCGGCCAACACGCUGCGCAAGCCGCAGGUCUCGCCGAAGAGCUCCACCAAGUCGCAGGCGGGAGGAUCCACGUCGGGAGCGGGUCAGCCGCCCGCUCUGCCGGCCUAUACCUUUGGAACGCUGCCCUACCUGGCGGCACAUCCCGCACAGGCGCAGGCGCAGUACGCCCAGCCCUAUCACAACUACGGCUACGUGCCGUGAGCUCAGUGGCGAAUUCCAUUAGCGAAACCUAUCUUAGAAAUGCCCACAAACGUACACACACUCACAAACUAAGAGACUUGCACGGAAUUCCUGUUUUGUUGUCUUUAUUCUAGCGAAAUAAAUAUAUUCAAGUACGAUACG